UUGAAUAUCGCCACAUAUCCCGUGGACAAGUUAUUGGUAAUGCUCUCGUCCCUUUUGACCAAAAUUAUUGAUGCCAACGACAAGCUUCAUCCGAACCACUUCAACGAGUUGUCUCAACAGCAGCAGCAGAGCCAAGACCUAAAUUCCGGCGACGGAAACAAUUCAGCAGCCUCCGCGGAAAAUCGAUACUUGGCUAACGUUUUAGCGUUUCACGGAAAGAAUGUUCCGGCCAUAAGUUUACACUCGUACCUCACCAGAGUUUUAAAGUAUUGUCCUGUGACCAAUGAGGUUUUUUUGAGCUUGUUGGUGUAUUUCGACAGAAUUGCGAAGAAGGCGACUGCACUCGCAGGCAAUAACCAGCAGCAACAUGCGUCUGGUAUGCCACCAAAGACAGACCAGUUUGUUAUGGACAGCUUCAACAUCCACAGGUUGAUCAUCAGUGGUAUCACUGUGUCUUCAAAGUUCUUCUCGGACAUUUUCUACAAGAACUCACGUUAUGCCAAGGUCGGUGGGUUGCCCUUAGACGAGUUGAACUAUCUCGAGAUCCAGUUCUUGCUAUUGAUUGAUUUCAAGUUAUUGAUUAGUUUGAACGAAUUGCAGAAGUAUGGUGACUUGCUAUUGCGAUUCUGGGCCAGACAG